AUGGGUGGGGCACAGGGAUACGCCACUUCGCUCGAGGGCAAGAAGAAUACCGUGACCAAAGUGCAGAGUCUGUUGGAUUCUUCCCAAAUGGUCUUCACAAUCCCCGCCGGAUCCAUAACUGUGGCACAGACGCAAGCGCUCCGACGCAGCAUGCCGAGCGGUACCACCGUACAGAUUGUCAAGAACAAGCUAAUGGCCCGGGCCGUCGAAGGCACGGACUACGCCGUCGCCACCAGCUUGCUCCAGGGCGCCAACGCCUGGUUCUUUAUUGAAGAAGAUAUCGGCGGUACUUUGAAAGCCUACAACGCGUUCUUGAAGAAUUUCGGCAAGCGGGAGUCGCACCCUAUUCUGGGCGGCGUGAUCGAAGGUAACACGUACGACGCUGCCGGCGUCGAAGCCAUUGGCAAAUUACCCUCCAAGCAAGAUCUGUACGCCAAGAUUGCCGGAUCGAUCAAGGCCGUUCCCACCAAGGUGGCGCGGGUUAUCAAGGCGCCAAACUCCAAGUUGGCGCGGGCCAUCAAACUCGCCACGGACGAAGUUCACAAGUAA